CGCUGUGCCACCGACAUUACUCAUUCAUCCCGUUCAGGCUUUGGAGCGUUUAUUAAGGGCUUCGCUCCUGCCUUGCUCUAUCUCUCCCCGGCUCUCGGAUCACUAGAGAACCUCGCUUCUUUCCCUGUGGCAGCGGCUGCGGAGCAAACUUCGCCUCUCCAGCAAUGCAUCUCCCUGUGAUUCUGCUUUGUGCUCUCUGGUCUGCAGUGUUGGCUGAGACCUCCUAUGACUAUGAGCUCAUGCAUGUGAAUUUGGACAACGAAAUAGACAAUGGACUUCAUCCCACCGAGGACCCCACACCAUGCGACUGCCGCCAGGAACACUCGGAGUGGGACAAGCUGUUCAUCAUGCUGGAGAACUCGCAGAUGCGGGAGGCCAUGCUGUUACAGGCCACUGACGACGUCCUCCGCGGGGAGUUGCAGAGGCUGCGGGCCGAGCUGGGGCGGCUGGCGGGCGGUAUGGCGAGGCCGUGCUCAGCCAGUGGCCCGGCAGACGCCAGGCUGGCACAGGCGCUGGAGCCUCUGCUGCAGGAGAGCCGCGACGCGAACCGCAGGCUGGCGCGCCUGGAAGACGCGGAGGCGCGGCGACACGAGGCGACAGUGCCUAGCCUGGGAGCGGUGCUGGAGGAACUGCAGCGGACACGCGCCGACCUGAGCGCCCUGCAGAGCUGGGUCGCUCGCCACUGGCUACCCGCAGGCUGUGAAACAGCGAUUUUCUUCCCAAUGCGUUCUAAGAAGAUUUUUGGAAGCGUGCAUCCUGUGAGACCAAUGAAGCUUGAAUCUUUUAGUGCUUGUAUUUGGGUCAAAGCCACAGACGUAUUAAACAAAACCAUCCUGUUUUCCUAUGGCACCAAGUGGAACCCCUAUGAGAUCCAGCUGUACCUAAGUUCCCAGUCCCUAGUGUUUGUGGUGGGUGGGAAGGAGAACAAGCUGGCUGCGGACACUGUGGUCUCCCCGGGGAGGUGGUCCCACCUGUGUGGCACGUGGAGUUCAGAGCAGGGGAGCAUGUCCUUGUGGGCAAAUGGGGAACUGGUGGCUACCACUCUGGAGAUGGCCAAAAGUCACCCUGUUCCUGAGGGUGGACUCCUACAGAUUGGCCAAGAAAAGAAUGGUUGCUGUGUAGGUGGGGGCUUUGACGAAACAUUGGCAUUUUCUGGAAGAAUCACAGGCUUCAAUAUCUGGGAUCGAGUUCUCAGCGAGGAGGAGAUAAGGGCAAGUGGGGGAGCCGAAUCAUGCCACAUCCGGGGAAACAUCGUCGGGUGGGGAGUCACAGAGAUUCAGGCUCACGGAGGAGCUCAGUAUGUUUCUUAAGUGUUGUGAAACUCUACUUGAAGCCAAAGGAGACUCACACUUUAAAUAUAUGCCAGUUGGAAAGGUCUGAAAAACUUCGGUGCCUAAUAAGAACACUUGAGAGGAAUGAAGGAGAGACUUGAGUUCGUCUUUAUUUACCUUGGCAAAAUGCUGAAUAAACAGUUGAAGGGAAGGCUUGAGAGAAGGCUUGGGGAUGUUGUUACUAAGCCUUAUACUGUGGUGCUUUCAGAUUAAUGUCUGCCUCUGUCAGAUAAACCCUCAGAUAACUAAACAGGACUGGACUCUGAACAGAGAGACGAUUGUGUUCCUUUUAUUUUAUUUUAUUUUUUUAGUUAAUUUUAUUUUGGCCAGAGACAUUUUUAUAUUGGAAGAAUAACAAAACAAGCUCUGUUGCCCAUUGUUCAUUCUUUCUGGUGUGUAUUUUGUGACAAAAGAGAUGAUGAGAAAACCAUAUUUAUACCGCAAAGUGACUUAUUAACAAACACAAAUGUAGCUUUCGUGUUAUAAUCCAGUGUUCCAUUUGGGAGAAAUUAGUUGUGUAAUUUAUAUUGUGAAAUGGAUUUGUAUUAAUUUUAUUUUUGUAAAAGUCUACUGUAAAUAAAAUGUUUUAUAAAGCUAGCCUGU